AUGUCCUCCCAGAAGCAUUUGGUUUCCGACUUUACUGAGGGAUCGGGUUCCUGGCAAGAUCAAACUUAUGGAUUCGACACCGUUCUUGUGCAUGGGGGUGUGAAGCCUGAUCCUGUGACAGGGGCUGUGCUUACGCCCGUGUAUCAAAGCACAACUUUUGUGCAGGAGUCUAUUGGUAAAUACCAAAGUAAAGGGUACAGUUACACCCGCAGCGCAAAUCCAACGGUCUCGGUGUUGGAGCGAAAGCUGUGUGCCAUUGAAAACGGUGACUAUGCUACGGUGUACAGCACAGGCAUGUCUGCGACCACCACGGCUAUUUCUUCUUUUAUGAGUGCGGGUGAUCAUGCGAUUAUCACCGAUUGCAGUUACGGUGGCACGAACCGUGCGUGCCGUGUUUUUUUUCCACGUUUUGGUAUGGAAUUUACGUUUGUCGAUAUGCGUGAUCUAAAAAAUGUGGAGGCUGCCAUCAAGCCAAACACAAAGUUGGUUCUUUCGGAGACGCCAGCAAACCCAACGUUGACCCUU